AUGGUUCGUAGUACAACAGAAGAAUUCACUAAAUCCAGUGAAAAGAGACCUCGCAGUGGAAGCAGAUCUUCUAACAUACCAGUCCACUUCUCCGUCCAUAAAGCAGGAUGUCAUUUCGAAAGCUGCUGCGGUGUCUGCAAUCUUUUUCCGGGAGUGUUACUAAUAGCGUUCGCUCAAGUCUUAGUAGGAUCUGUUCUACUAACGCUUGUUUUGACACACGGCAAACAGUAUGACGAAAUGUAUCAAACUCCUAACACUCAGUUUAUGAGUAUGGCGACUGGUGCUGUGCUGAGCGGUGUCACUGGCGCUGGUGUGCUGUUGAUAAUUGUCGCACUCACUGAGAACUGUCGAGCGAUGCUGGUUUAUCUACUUGUAGCAACAAUCGUAUGGAUGGGAAUUACAUCAUUAUCUUUUGCAAAGAUAGGCCGAGCUUGCGUACGUUUUCAAGAUGCUCCAAAAAUAAAAGAUGACCAACACCGAAUGGCCAAUUUGGCGUGCGUUAGUGGACUUUUCACGUUUCUCGGUGCACUGGCCUACUUCUUUUCAUUCGUCGUCGUUUUAAGUUUCUACCACUUCCGUUACGUGAGACGCGCCAUUUUGUUGCACGAGGCUGAGUGUCAGUAGUGGUGAUUUUGAAACAAUUAUUUUUUUUUAAUUCUAUUUUUUAAUUAAAGUUUUGUUAA